AAAGACCAACUGACUGUGGUAACCUGGACAAAUCAACUUCCAAAAGUGGGAUUUAUAAGAUCUUCCCGGAAAAAAUUUCUUGUUUCAAGGCUUUCUGUGAAAUGGAGAAACAUGGCGGGGGCUGGACUGUUUUUCAACGUAGAAUGAACGGAAAGACAACAUUCUAUAGAGACUGGAACUCUUAUAAGCAAGGAUUUGGUAACCCGAGUAAAGAAUUUUGGUUGGGUAAUGACCAUCUGCAUCAGCUUACCUCUCAAGGAAACUACAGCAUGAGGAUUGAUAUGGAAGACUUUGAAAACAACCAAAGGUAUGCGCUGUAUGACAUCUUCAGCGUUGGUAGUGAAAGUUCUGGUUAUAUUUUGAGUGUCAGUGAUUAUUCUGGUGAUGCAGGAGAUUCGAUGACUUAUCAGAACGGACAGAAAUUCUCAACAAAAGAUAAGGAUAACGACAAAUGGGACGAGGAAUGUGCAGUGGAGUUAAAGGGUGCUUGGUGGUAUAAUAUAUGUCACUAUAGCAACCUCAAUGGCCUCUAUCUGAAAGGACACCAUGAUUCAUUUGCUGAUGGGGUCAAUUGGAAAACCUGGAAGGGUUAUAACUACUCACUAAAAGAAACAAUCAUGAUGAUCCGCAAAGUCUAGAUAGAUGAAUCAAAUGUGACGUCACUUUUUUUGCGUUGGUCUCUUUGGCUAACUCGGUUGUGAAUUUUUAUGUGCUGGUUCAUGUUGUUUUAUGUAUCCGUUUUUAUUCUGUAAUUAGUCACCACUUCGGUG